GUCUGUUAGAUCUAUAACCGCUACGAGGGGAAGGACAUCUCUCCUCACAGGAGGAACCUGGUGAUAGCAGGAGGAGUCACUCUGUCUGAUCUAUAACCUCUGACCUCUAACCCGUCUGUCUGUCUGUUAGAUCUAUAACCGCUACGAGGGGAAGGACAUCUCUCCUCACAAGAGGAACCUGGUGAUAGCAGGAGGAGUCACUCUGUCUGUCCUCAUGUCCCCUGUGGUGGCAGCCGUCUCUGUCGGCAUCGGCGUGCCCAUCAUGCUGGCGUAUGUGUACGGCGUGGUGCCCAUCUCUCUGUGUCGCAGCGGGGGCUGUGGGGUCUCCACUGGUAACGGGAAAGGGGUCCGCAUCGAGUUUGACGACGAGAACCAGAUGACCGCAGGGAGCGGGGCGCAAGCUACUGACACGACCUCUGUGGCAGACACCAGGAACAACCCCAGCAUCGGAGGAGGUAGCGUGGGAGGCAUGACGGGCAGUCUGAGCGCCAGCGGGAGCCACGUGGACCGGAUGGGCGCCAUGAGGGACAACCUGAGUGAGAACGCCUCCACCAUGGCCCUGGCUGGAGCCAGCAUCACCGGAUCUCUGUCUGGCAGCGCCGUGGUCAACUACCUGAACAGGUCAGUACUUUUAGAUUGGUUUGAACCUUUAUUCAACCAGGUUUGAGUCUCGUUGAGAUAA